UCUGGGAGGAGGUGGUGCACUUGGAACCUGCACCAGAGCCUCCAGGUACUCAGCUUCAGCCUCCAGCAACCCGGCACGCAGCUCCUGUGCUCCGCAGGCCCCUGGACAGAGUUUACGUUCAUAUUUGCCAGUGGUUCCAAUGGUGUUUGUCCCAAAUCCAGUCCAAGGAAACACCAUAUCUCCUUCUCAGAGUCCCACCCCUUCCCAGGAAGGAAGUCUUGGAGACCAGAUGACUGCAUCACUUCUAACAGCAGGGUUCCAGACUUUGGAGAAGAUCGAAGACAUGGCUGUGUCUCUGAUUCGAGAGGAGUGGCUUCUUGAUCCGUCACAGAAGGAUCUGAGGAGAGAUGAUAGGCCAGAGAGUUACAGAAGCGAGUUCUCCCUGGGUGGUGAAACCAGGAAUGAGAACAGGGAAUUAGCUUCAAAACAGGUAAUAUCUGCUGGAGUCCAACUACAUGGAGAGACAGCUGCCAAACGCAAUGGGGAUGUUAUCGGGGGUCUUGAGCAUGGAGAAGCCUGUGACCUUCUGGGCAGAUUAGAGAGGCAGCGGGGAAAUCCCACCCCGGAGAGGCGACAUAAAUGUGAUGAGUGUGGGAAGAGCUUUGCUCAGAGCUCAGGCCUUGUCCGCCACUGGAGAAUCCACACUGGGGAGAAACCCUAUCAGUGUAAUGUGUGUGGGAAAGCCUUCAGUUACAGGUCAGCCCUUCUCUCCCAUCAGGAUAUCCACAACAAAGUAAAGCGCUAUCACUGUAAGGAGUGUGGCAAAGCCUUCAGUCAAAACACAGGCCUGAUCUUACACCAGAGAAUCCACACUGGGGAGAAGCCAUAUCAGUGUAACCAGUGUGGGAAGGCUUUCAGUCAGAGUGCGGGCCUCAUUCUGCACCAGAGAAUCCACAGUGGGGAGAGACCCUAUGAAUGUAAUGAGUGUGGGAAAGCCUUCAGUCAUAGCUCACACCUCAUUGGACAUCAGAGAAUCCACACGGGGGAGAAGCCCUAUGAAUGUGAUGAGUGUGGAAAAACCUUCAGGCGGAGCUCACAUCUUAUUGGCCAUCAGAGAAGCCACACUGGAGAGAAACCCUACAAGUGCAAUGAGUGUGGGAGGGCCUUCAGUCAGAAGUCAGGCCUCAUUGAGCACCAGAGAAUCCACACCGGAGAAAGACCCUAUAAAUGCAAAGAAUGUGGGAAAGCUUUCAAUGGGAACACUGGCCUCAUUCAGCAUCUGAGAAUCCACACAGGGGAGAAGCCCUAUCAAUGUGAUGAGUGUGGGAAAGCCUUUAUUCAGAGAUCGAGUCUCAUUCGACAUCAGAGAAUACACAGUGGAGAAAAAUCUGAAUCCAUAGGUGUUUAGGGGAGAAAUUGAGUCAUAGUUUGGGCAUUAUUCAACAUUAAUGGAACCACAUGCUGGUGAGAAGUCUUUCAGUGGAGUAAAAAGGCAGAAAGCUUGUCAUUGUUGUGUCCUGAUGCAGGGUCAGAAUCAAUAGUGGUGGCAGUUAGAAUAGCUCUUGAGUAGUUCAGGCCCAGUGCCUCAAUGCAGAUUCAUUAGCUUGACUGUCCUGGGAGGUGUCAGUGGUCCAGUGUACCUCUUAGAAGAUUAAAAAGCAUCAGAACAAGGUGCUUGUGGCUUGAGGCACCUACCUUUGUCUUCUGGGUGAGUAGCUAUAGAUUCGAGUGAGGCUGUUCCUGGCUCCUCGCUUCUUCACUCUCCCGUGACCCCCCUCCCCGGUUAUUCCUCUGGAGGGGUGUGUGUGUGAUCCUCAUCUACCUAGGAAGCUACUUUAGCGUUUGAAGCAGCCUUUGUGUGAGAGUUAGAUAUAUAUUUAGCUUUCUAAGAUCCUAGUUCUAGGGAGAUUUUUCAGACAGGUAUUUAUGCUUGCGUGUGCAUUUUCUUCUAAUGUUCCUGGUAGUCAGUGGAAAUUCAUUUUCCAUGAAAACUCAGAAUGUUAUAUUUUUAACAGCACUGCAGCAAUUUUCUUCACGUGUCACCUUCACUGGUUCCACUGAGUCACCAAACGCUAGUCACCACACAUGUCCUCCACCCCAGGCCCCAGCCCCGAGUCUGCCAGGGAAGUGACACAUUAGUGAUGGUUGUGGGAAUGUGCAGAGGAAGGCGAGUGUAGACAACCUGGGUGCUUUUGACCUUGGGUGACUGUCUUUUGUGGAGAUGUCUGGCUCUUCUUCCUGCCUCCCCACUGCACGCUGUGGUACAGAUGGGUGUUCCACACUGUCCUUCUUAUGGAAUCACGUGGGAGGAGAUGGGCUUGAGGAAGGCACACGAAUCCUUACACAGAACGUGCAGUCAUCCCUCUGGCCUGUCCCAGUACUGCUCUCACAGGUUCCUGCCGAGAUGGUUGGUCACUCAUCAUCACCCUAGACUCCCUCAGGUGGCCAGCACCUCACUCAUUCACCAUCUGCUUCUUGCCAUUAGCUUACAUGUCACAGUGGUGGUCUCUUGAGCACAUCACUUCACAGUUGCUUGUUCUCAGUUUGGGUGCACACCCAUCUGUAACCCAGCAAAGACUACAUUACACUCGUCACCAGGACAGCAUCUCAUCUUGGAGGCUGGUUUAAAGCAACAUCGGAGGUUACACAGCCACACAAGUUGUCCUUUCCGUUGGGCAGUUGUAGUUAUUUCGGUGGUACCAUUGCAGUGCCUGUCCUUCAGGUAUUCCCAUUUGGUAACCACACGGGAAAGCUCUACUACUCUUGAGUCACGUCUCGUUCACUGUGUGGUUGCCCACCUGUUCGUUGGGUUUGGAAUCAAGGGACUUCUGGCUGUUUUCAAAGUCAUCUUUCAUAGUAGGAAUUGAAGAAUAGGGUAUAAAUUCUGCCGAAAACUCCAAGAGAAGUUACGUAACUUUACACUGUGACUAUUCUGAAAAGGGACAACACUUACUUUAUGAUUGAUGUUUUUAAAAAUCAGUCAUAAAAUCUUAUUUCACAGAGAUUCACUUUUAGGAUUAUAAAUUCCUUCUCUUUCUCUACUGCCUUUUGGCCCACCUUCACCACAGACGUCAAGGUCACCUACGCCUGUUUCAUUCAGUUAUUUGUACCCACUGUUUAACUUUUCAAGGCAGUGUUUUCAGUUGUCCGAUAUUCUUAUAUUCUCUCUCUCUCUCUCUCUCUCUC